AUUUUCAUUUUUAUUGUUGCUUGGUUACAUUUUUGUUAUAAUUUUGGUUAUUUUGCUGCCUGCUUUAGACUUUAUAACCUAAACAUUCCAUAGUUAGGAAUGUCAGAUGCAAAAGUAAUACCGGUACGUGUUGCAUUGCGAACUCGUCCAUUAAUACAAAAGGAAUUGGACGAAGGCUCGCGUGAGUGCCUUGGAUAUGUAACAGAAGCAAAUCAGGUAAUUAUAAAUGGCAACAAAGCUUUCACUUUUGAUUAUGUCUUUGACCCAAAAGUUAAUCAAGCUACUGUUUAUACCAAAUCCAUUGCACCACUAAUUGAUGGAAUUUUUGCAGGUUACAAUGGCACAGUGUUGGCAUAUGGCCAAACUGGCAGUGGAAAAACAUAUACAAUGGGAUCCGCACACUGUGUCUCUCAAACUGAUGUAACAGAUCUAACAUCUGGUGUUAUACCUCGUGUAAUAAAGGAUAUUUUUGAAGGAAUUAAAUCACGUCAAAACUUUGAGUUUCUUGUCAAAGUUAGUUAUGUGGAGAUUUACAAAGAAGACGUACAAGAUUUGCUUUGUUCUUCUCGUACGCACCAGAACUUGAAUAUUCGUGAAAAAUCCGAUGGAUCUAUGCAGAUAAUGGGUUUAUCCGAGGUUUUGGUUUCAAGUCCAACUGAGACCCUCGAAUACAUGGAAGUUGGAAACUCUGCACGUUCAACUGGAUCUACUGCCAUGAAUUCAACUUCUUCAAGAUCACAUGCUAUUUUUACUAUUGUACUCGAAUCUAGGAGUCUAAGUGACCCUGAUGAACAUACAUGUUCCAAAUUCCACCUUGUUGACUUGGCUGGUUCCGAAAGAAUAAAACGCACCAAAGCACAAGGAGACAGGUUGCAAGAAGGAAUUAAAAUCAAUGCUGGUUUGUUAGCACUUGGUAAUGUAAUAAGUGCAUUAGGUGAAGAACACAGUCACAUUCCAUACCGUGUAUCAAAGCUAACAAGGUUAUUACAAGAUUCUCUUGGUGGGAACAGCUUAACUGUGAUGAUAGCUUGUAUAAGUCCUGCUGAAAGCAAUGUAGAAGAGACGUUGAAUACUCUACGUUAUGCUGAUCGUGCCAGAAAGAUUAAAAACAAAGCUGUGGUCAAUAGAGACCCCCAAAAAGCUGAGCUCGUGUCCCUUCGAAAAGAGGUUCAGCAGUUACGACUUAAACUGCUUCAAACACAAGGCACAACAUCAUGCGUUGAGGUCGCUAAAGAUUCGCCCAAAACUCAAGAAAAAGUGAACAAGUUGGAGACGGAAAAGGAGCAACUGCUGAAAGAAAUGCAAAAGUUGGUUGACAGUAACACAGAAAUGUGUGAAAAGGCGAUAACAGUUGAGAUGAUACGUGAUGAACUUUGCACGAAGUUGGAAGCUUUACAAGAAGAAGCAACCAAAGUUACGGAUGAUUCGCAUAAUAUUUCAAUUAUGGAGCAAGAAUUAGCUGAAGAAGAACAAAAAGGAAUGUUACAAAGAUUCCGAGCUCUAAGGAAACAUUUACUAGAUAUGCAGGUGAAUGGAAAUGCUACAACGGAGGAAAUACUUGCUAACAGUAUUAGUGACAGUGUGUGUGAACAAACGUUAACCACAGAAAAUAAACUACUUGAUGAAACAGAGGCAGAAACUGACAAAACAGCUAAAACUGAACAUAUACUUAGAACUGCUAAACUUACUAACCAACUACAAGAUCUAUCAAAAGCAUUGGCAUUGAAGGAGGAGUUAGCGAAGAGAAUGUGCAGCAAUGAAGAGAAUAUGGGAGCUAUUAAGUUAGAGUAUGAAGCAAGAUUAACAAAGUUAGAUAAAGAGCUUAUGGAUCUUCAUAAUGAAAGAGAUGGACUCGCACUCGCUCUUGAAGCUGCUAAAAAGAGCUCAGAAAACAAAAAAUUAAGUGAACAGCGCAGACUACGUUUACUGGAACUUGAAACCCAGAUUAAGAAUUUAAAAGCAGAAAAAAAGGAGAAAGAAAAAGUGACCAAACUUAAAGUACAAAGUGACGAAAAAAUAAAGAAACUGAACAAGGAAAUCCAAUCCAUGAAAACAAAUAGAGUAAAGCUGAUGAAACAAAUAAAAGAAGAGAGCACAAAAUACCAACAAUGGAAAAAGGCGAAGGAGAGAGAAGUGAAACAACUCAAAGAAAAGGACCGUAAACGGCAAUUUGAAAUUGUCCGAUUAGAACGGGAUUUUGUGAAACAGAAAAACGUUCUUAGAAGAAAAACAGAAGAGGCGGCUGCCUCUAAUAAAAGACUAAAAGAAGCUCUUAGUCGUCAGCAAAAUGCUGCAGCGAAGAGGCAGCAAUCCCAGUCCCGAUCCUUGGAUGCAGGGAGCACGAGGAUGAAAGCUUGGUUGGAAGAAGACAUAGAGAUCGCUGUGUGCGCCAAGCAAGCCAAGAAACAUUAUGAUAUUCUCGUCCAGGAUUUGAAGGAGGUAGAAGAAGAAUUAGAUGAAGUUAUAAGCACCGAGUCACCAAGUAAAAGGAGACGCACGUAUACCAAAAACGAAAAUGAUGAAGUCCAACGCAGAAGACGGGAAUUAGUUGAAGAAUGUGAGUUGAAAAAAGCUCAGAUGAAAGACUUGGAAGGGAAGCUUUCGGCAGCAAAAGAUACUCGCAACAAACAACAACAGAGGCUUCUACAAAUCACUAGCAUUGCUGAAGCAAGGUCGAUGAUGAAAUGCCUCCAUAAUUUAGUGGUCACUUCCAGAGUGGAAGAAGAUGACAUUCGUACAAAGAAGAUCAGCCUUGGUACUCGUCUCCAGGAAGAGCAGAAGAGGAACAGAGAGCUUGAGGAAAGGAUUGAGGAGAUGAUGAAAGAACAUGAACUCAACAUCACGGCAGUGGAGCAUUCGAAUCAGGAUAAGGUUAUUUUCCUGACCACACAACUAAACAGCAAUGCCACACAAAGACCAAAAGAUUUAAACCAAUCUAAGAGAGAGGAAGAUUUAGCAUCUCAAGUACAAAUCCAGGCUGGUUUGAUUCAAGAGCUCCUUAAAAAAGAAGAAGAAUACGAACAACUUAAAAAAGAAAAGGAACAAGCGCCUACUAAAAAGAAAUACAAAAAGCCGGCUCCCAUCAAAGAGGAAGAUUUGAUCCCAAGCUCUGAUGAAGAAGAUGAAGUAUCAGAUUAUGAAUCCGAUUACAUCCCAACUCCAAUAUUACGGAAAACACGACGUCGAACGAAUGUACAUUUGCCCACAGAGAAGAGGGGGUGUGGCUGUAAGACUGAAUGUGCCAAGAAAAUAUGCAAAUGUAAAAAGAACAAAUUACUCUGCACAGAGAAAUGUGGCUGCGAUAAAACAAAGUGUAAAAACUUGAGAGAAGACGACGCAUCUGAUACUUCGAACAGCACUGAACCUUCUACGUCGCUUAUACUUGAAGAAAACUCGUUGGUUCAACGCGUUUCCCGUUUGUUUUCACAUGAAGUUCCAGCAGAAGAGAGUCGUAAGCAUUCGUUGGAUCCAGAGCCAGAAAAAAGCUACACACCGAAAUACUUCAUGUCUCCGCUGCAAGAAAUCGACCCUAAUUCGAGUGAGGACGUUCCAGUACCGCCUUUACUGGCAGAAGAUAUGAAAAAGUUUGGGCAAAAAAAGCGAAAGCUGUACAACUAUACGCCUGGGGAUCUAUUGUCUAACUAACUAUUACAUAAUUGCUUCUCGAAAAAUCAAAAACUAUACUACAAUUCGUUAUAUGAACGUUUUCUGCUUGAUGUCAUUUGUGAAUUAGUAAUUCGCCACUGCCUUUAUGAAUUGCUGCGUAUAGUUUUUGGUGCAAAUUCGCUCUUUCUAUUGUAACUGUCUAAAUGUCUCGGUACCACUUCUGUAAAACUGCCUAACUGUUGGAUAUUUAGCGGUAGAGGAAUCAUAUCACGCUUGUUGGUGCAGUGUUAACUUAUAACGCCGUUACGAGCAUCUAAAAGCCAUGUAGACUAAUUCGAAGCGAUUAAAACAUUAAAAAACGUUUCCAAAACUAGCUAACAUUUUUUGGGGUAAUCGGCCAAAUCUGGCCUAAAUCCUAUGUCGUCGUCAAGGACCUCAUCCACAUAGAAUAG